UGUUGGCCGGGGCCAAGGAGGGCCGCAGCCGCAGGGCAGAAGCCACGGGCAGGAGCUGCCACUCACUCCCUCGCUGGCGCUCCUUCAGCAGGGCACGGGAAGAGGACCGGGCUCUUCUGGGGGGAGGGUGGCCCCAGCAGCCCCGGCCACAAAGUCUGGCUGUGCAGGGUCCAGGCAUUGAGAGGCUCUCAGGGCCGAGUCUCGGGGUCAGCCCUGGAGGGUGUUAGCAUCCUGGGGUGAGGCACUCCAGGGGCUCUGAAGCUCACUAAGGUUGUCUUUAGUGGGUUGGAUAAAAAUAGGUGACACUCGGAAGAGCAGUGCCGUGCCUGAAAAUGCUGGGAAGUGGUGUCUGCCACCAGGCGACCAGCGGCCAGGGUGGCCGGUUUCAGGAGAGCAGGUUUGAGGGGGCUGGUGACCCAUAUGCAGUCUGUCUCCGCACGAGGACCCCGUGGGGGGAGAGGCAGGGAGUCGUCCUGGAGGGGCCCUCACUUUGCCCUCCAGCACCCGCCCGCCUUCCUCCUUCCACUGCAGCAUCCAUGAGUAUCGGGGAGAUGGGCUUGUGUUGUCUUCUCAGGUGACGAGGUGGCCAUCAGGGCAGGGCAGCUGCUCCCUGGGCUCCUCCAGCCUCUUCAUCCCCCUUUUGGAGGGAGCAGUCUCCUCCCCGGGGCUCAGACGCCAGCUCCACCUCAAGGUCCCCAGUCACUCCACCCGGGAAGAGGCGCUGGACACUUGAUGGCCGGCUUUCCCCCCAACACCUCUCCCUGUUGCCCAGGAGCUGUCACCUGUGUCUCCAGGGUCAGCGGGGAUGCAGACUCUUGGCCGGCCUUGCUGUCUCACCGACCACCAUGUUGGCACAGGAGCCAGGGCUGGCACUCGAUGAAUAAACGCCUUUCAGGAGAAGGAACGCAGGAGGCUGGGCGCAGUCACCAAGGCAGAUGGGCAGAGGCGGAGGGAGGCUGGGCAGGGGACAGGGUGGUCGGGCCACAGCGUGCCCCAGGGGACCUGGCUGGUGAAGAAAAACGAAGCGUGCCUAUACUCUGCCUCGAGAUGUUGGCCAGACUCCAUCCGUGCCAAGUCCCCUCGGAGCCAGCGCCGGGGACUCCGGAGGCACCAGGAGGAGGAAGGUACGGGUGGCAUUCGGUGACGAUGGACGCAUGCCACCGAUGCAUGCCAGCGGCUGCACGGGCCAAACACCCACCCACGAAACCCCCAUGAUGGCUGACAGCCACGGCAGGGGGAGACCGCAGUUGGCAGAGGAACCAGGGAGGGCCAGCUGGGGCAGGUGGAUCGCGCUGGCAGCAGCACAGGUAAAGGGUGCGGGCUCGAGGGCUGUGGGCACCUGGCAUCUUCGCUGGGUGCCGGAGGCCAGGGUCGGAUCGAAGCCUGGCUCUGGGUGGCAGGGCGUGGCAGCGCUGAGGAGGGAUCAGUCCCACGGGGGGUCUGGGCCAGCCUGGUAGGUGACGCCUCCUCCUGGCUCCCCCAGCGCCGCCCUGGGGCAUGUUUGCCUGGGCGUGCUCAGCCCUUGUCCUCCAGGGAGCUAGGUUGGGCGGGCUGGGUGGGGCCAGCACGGGGUGCCCACGGGGGCUGCGUGUUGGGCUUUCCUCUGGGGUCUCACAGCUUCGUCACCUCCGCCUGAUGCACUGGGGCUCCCAGGGCCAGCCCCCUAGAUGCUCCCUGAAUGUUGGUUGCACUCCCCAGGCGUGGGCUGGCAGGGUGGGCUGCAGGGCGGCACCUCGGGGUCCAGGGUUCCUAGGGGAGCACGUCUGCUCUCCCUACCAUCUCCCCAGAGCCCCCGCCCCACCUCUUGCAGCCUGGCUCAGCGCCUCGGAGCCUGAGUGGAAGGACGGGACAGACGCCAAAUGUGCGGUAGCAGGAGUGUAGGUGGCAGUGCCCCGAGCCCGGCUGCUGAGAGCGGGAAGGAGCCUGGGGUGAGGGACCCCCAGCAGCUCCAAGGCAAAGUCCUUCUGCCCUUCCCACAAUCACAGGCCGGGAGAAAGAGCUGGGGGCCGUGGGAGGGGGGAUUUUCACCUUCAGAAAGGUGGGCAGCCCCCAGGUGGGCUGGCGUGGAGCUGGCAGGGCUGGGAGUGUUAGCCGGGUGUCUGGCUGUGGCCCCUCAGCGUGAUCCAUAGCAAGCAGGAUGGCAGACGCUGCCAGCUGCAUCAGCUGGCAGAGGCUGGCACCAGACCCACGCCCUGGCAGGGGAACGGCACAGAGGGGCCCUGGCCACAUGGGGGGAUCCGUGCUGGCUGCCAUCCCAGUCAUUGCUCUGGGCAGCCAGUCCAGUCCCAGAAAGAAGGUUCCAACUGAGGGGGGAUGGGAACACAUGGGCAGGGGCUGGGGGAGAGGCAGUGGGUGGCCGGGAGGAGGCUGGGCUUAAGGACGAAAAAUCCAAGCCUGGAGCCUGGCUGGCCCACGGGAGCCUCCACCCUGAAGGGGCUAGGAGAGGACUCUGAAGUCAAGGUCGGGAGCCUGGGCUGGCCUGAGGGGCAGGGAGGACUAAGGGAGGUGGAGGAGGGCAGCAGUGGUCUGGUCCAGACGCCCAGGGGUCAGAGCAGAGGUUGGGGACACAGGGUCCUGGGGUCAGGGCAGAGGCUGGGGACACAGGGUCCUGGGGUCAGGGCAGAGGCUGGGGACACAGGGUCCUGGGGUCAGGGCAGGGGUCGGGACACAGGGUCCUUGGGUCAGGGAAGAGGUCGGGGACACAGGGUCCUGGGGUCUGAGCAGAAGUUGGGGACACAGGGUCCUGGGGUCAGGGCAGAGGCUGGGGACACAGGGUCCUGGGGUCAGGCAGAAGUUGGGGACACAGGGUCCUGGGGUCAGGGCAGAGGCUGGGGACACAGGGUCCUGGGGUCAGGCAGAAGUUGGGGACACAGGGUCCUGGGGUCAGGGCAGAGGCUGGGGACACAGGGUCCUGGGGUCAGGCAGAAGUUGGGGACACAGGGUCCUGGGGUCAGGGCAGAGGCUGGGGACACAGGGUCCUGGGGUCAGGCAGAAGUUGGGGACACAGGGUCCUGGGGUCAGGGCAGAGGCUGGGGACACAGGGUCCUGGGGUCAGGCAGAAGUUGGGGACACAGGGUCCUGGGGUCAGGGCAGAGGCUGGGGACACAGGGUCCUGGGGUCAGGCAGAAGUUGGGGACACAGGGUCCCGGGGUCUGGGUUAUGCUUCAGAACUUUGGGGCAAGGCUCAGAGCCCCACAGAGGCCCAGCCUCGGAGGUCCUGGGGGCGGGGGUGGGGCGGGGCUCCAAUGAUUGGCUGCCCUCAGCCUCCUUUUCCUCUUGAACCCACAGUCUCGGGAGGCUUCAGCCGGACUCCGGCCGACACUUCACGACCAGGGCUUCCCAUUCCAAGUCCUGUUGUGGGGGCGAUGCCCAGUGGACCUUGGCACAGUGAGCGUCCCUAACGGGUGUCUGGACACGGCCCUGCGCUCGCUGCCCUCGUCCAGCGUGGGCACAGCGGAUGGACUGGGCAGGCCUCAGCAUGGGUGCUGGUGGCAUUAACACUCAGGCAGAUGGCUCCCAGGCUCGGGGACAAUAGUGUCCCUGGCCCCUCGGGCUCAGGGCAGGGCACACACAUUCUAGGAUUCCCAGAGGAGACUCGGGUGGGCGAGGUGCCGGCUGGAAUCCUGGCCUGGGGUCUGCAAUGGGGGUGGGGAUGGCAGCAGCUAUGGGUUCCUGGUCUCAGCCGUGAGGACAGUGGUGUGAGUGGGUGCCCCAGGCCACGGGCCUGGGUGGGAAGGGUUGGCAGGGGGCUGUCGGGGGGCAAGGAGGUCGGUCCUGCCAUCACCCCCACUAUGUCACCCACAGAUGCCCCCGUGCAGGGAUGGUCUUGGUCAGGGGAGCAGGCUGGCCGGGCCACAGCAGUAACAGUGGACGCCGGAGGGGACCGUCUGCCUGCCGCAGCCCACCUCCCUCUGCUUCUGAAUUUCACAGUCCCUGCUUCCCGAGCUGGCUCAGAGCUCCCAAGAGACUCCUGCCAGAUGUUCCUGGCGGCCCCACGUCGCCUCCCUAAUGAAAUAUUCAUGGGGCCUUUCUGCCUCUUGACAUAAAGGCUUCUGCAGCUCCACACACCAUGGAGACGGGGCCAGCCUCCCAACAAGCCCAGGAAGGAGUGGGCACCCGGCCAGCCCCUCCCUCUGUGCCAACCCUGGGUGCCCACUCCCUGUGCGCCAACCCCAGCUGCCCACUGUGCCUCCCGAGACAGAGGCUGGGCCUCCACCUCCCUUUUGCUCUGCUAAGGGUCAGGGGUCCAGCUGCCUACACCCUCCCCUGCACAGAGGCCUCCCCGCCCCCUCUGCCUCUUGACAGCCCAGUGCCAGCUGUGUGGGCACAUCAGCCCUGGGGCUGGACUCUGGAGAAAGGGCAGCCGCCACCCUGCAUGGGAAGGAGCCAGGACCACCCUCACAGGCCUGGGGCAGAGAGGCUCUACCUAUCUCUUCCUUCAGUACCUUGGUGGCCGACAGCUCCCUACACCACGCCAGCAAGGCUGGGCUCCUGCAGCCCACCUCACCCCUUGCUGUGUGGUGGCUGGCCUGGCCUGGUCUCGCGGUGACCUGCUGUCAUCUGGCCAUGCCUCUGUCCAUGUGCUCAUGCACCCGGUGCUGGCAGGGAGCUGGUGCCGUGCCAGGUCCAGUGCAUGGAGAGCAGACUUCAUGCCCAGCCCUGCGCUCCGGGAGUUCACGCAGCCCCCAGCCAGGCAGUGAGGGCGGAGGACCUCAGGCCAGGGCUGGCGAGGCCAAGAAGGAUGAGGUGGACAGAAGUUUCCAGGGGCCUGGGAGCUGUGUGAGGAAUGAAAAGCGGCCAGUCUGUGAGUCCCACACAGAGGUGACCUUUGAGCUCCCUCGUCUUAAAGGAGAAGGGAUCCGGCCCAGGCUGAGUCCGCACCAGCCUCUGCUCAGUCCACAGGCCCUGUCUGGCUCUGCCGGGCCUCCUCAGGGCGCUGGUCUGCAGGUGGUGGCCACAGUGAGGCCCCUCUGGGUCAGAGUCUGCCCCACUCUGGGUGGCUGGCCCUGGGCUCCACUCUGGCUGUGCAGGGCCGGCCUCGGCUGGGAGGGACCCAGCGGGCUUGCUGGGGGCCAUAGGGCUGCCCCGGCCUCUGUGACUCCCACGCUCUCCUUGCUCCUGGCCUCUGGGUCAAGGCUUUAUGUUUACUGGGCAUGUCGACCUUAACUGUCACCUGAAGUGGCAGGGAAAGUGUUACACAACCACUCACAGAGGCACCCUCAGCCUCCGCAUUAGGGGAGAUAGACCCGGAGAGAGACCACGUUGCUUCCCUGAGGUGACCGACUGAGCGGGUUGGGUCAGAGCCAGGAAGGAAGCUGCCACGUGUCAGUCCUGGAGCCCAGCGCCAUCUCCACGGCCAGCACAAGCAGCCGGGACCGUCCCGGGAACCAGCUGCCUGCCCAGGAUGUCCCAGCUCUCCUGAGCUCACUGACCAGGGAUUUGGCCAGUGCCCCUCCCCCAUGCGGGCAGUGGGCUGGUUUGCACAGCGGGAGGGGUGUCGGCCAGAUGUCCCUCCGCCUCCCCUGGUCCGGCUGCCUUGCUCCGAGCUGCUGGCGGGAUAAUCAGCUCUGCCUGUGGUGGAGAAAUAAAGCACAUUCCACAGAA